AUGAAAAACCUGGAGUCUAUGAAAUCAGCUGUGCCAAUUGUCCAAGCAAAUAUAUUGGACAAACUUGUAGAAGAUUCAGCGAUCGAUUCAAAGAACAUAAGAGAUAGGUACUUCAGGAAAGGACAAAGAAAAAAAUCUGCUAUGGCCAUGCAUUGCAUUGAUGAAACACAUGAAAUGGCUGACGGCAAGAUAAUCAAAGAAGUAAGAGACGAGAGACAAUUGGACGCUUGUUAA